AUGAAGUCUAAAGAUAACAACACACUCUCUUUAACAUCUGAAACGUCUUCAAUUCCAAUGAAGAAAGUUCUAUUGAAAUAUACUGAUUAUGAUGAUAGCGACUUUGAAACUUUUUUACAAUUAAAUACACAUAAGAUAUUAAAUGGAAGGAAAUUUUUUAAUGAUGAUGAAACAAAAUAUAUACUACCAUCAGAUAAAAAAGAAGUUAACAGAGAGGCUAUGUCUUAUGCAAUAAGAAAGCAUUUGUUUCAAAAAAACUUUUUUUCACCUGUUGAAGAAAAGUUAAAGAUGGGAGCUAAUGUACUUGAUGUCGGAUGUGGUUCAGGUCUUUGGGUGGUUGACAUGGGAUUAGAUUAUCCAUCUUCAACAUUCAUAGGAAUUGAUAUAGAUUCUGUUCAAUUUCCUUCGUGUGAUAAACAAACUCCAAAUGUCGGUUUUCUUAAAUGCAAUGUAGCGCAUGGAAUUCCGUUUCCUCCUGAAACUUUUGAUUUUGUUCAUAUGAGUAUGAUGUGUUGUGCACUUACUGAAUCUCAAUGGCAUCAGUUAGUCAAAGAUAUUGUUAGAGUUUUAAAAUGUGAUGGUUGGAUUGAAUUCCUAGAAGGCGAUCCGUGGAAUAAAAAUUUUGGUAAAAUUGGAAAAUCGCUAAUUGAAACUACUAUAGAAAUUGCCGCGAAAAAGGGUAUUAACCUUAAUAUUAAUAAAAUGAUACCAAAAUUUAUCGACUCAAUCAAUGAACUUGGAGAAUUAGAAUAUAUUAACGCAGAAUAUCCAUUAGGCGAUUGGGGUGGAUGUCUUGGUAAAUUUGCAAUGACUAAUAUUCGGAAAGCACUUGAAGGAAUUGUGUAUAUUCCAAAACAUCUAGGGUUAUCUACUAAAGAAUAUGAUGAUUUAAUAACAAAUUAUGUUAAAGAGGCAAAUGAAAAUAGAACAGUAGGAUUUUAUCAUAUAUAUUAUGCUAGAAAAAUUAUGUUAACUAACUAUUAUUAA